UGCCCAGAUUUCACAUACGGCGACACAUGCACUGAUUCAUGCCGCUGUAACAGGUCGAAUACCGACUACUGUGACAACCUCCAAGGAGAGUGCUUGUGUAAAUUAGGUUGGAAAGGGUACACAUGUAUUGAUGACGUCAGUGAGUGCCUAGGUAUAAAUAUUUUUCUCUGCCCACCUGACUCUGAUUGCAGAAACACAGAUGGAAAUUAUACAUGUAUUUGU